AGGGGUGAGGAGGUGUUAGCGGGACCAGCAGUUCUGACAGAGAGGAGAGGUUUCUAUUUUUAGGGAGACUGGAAUGUACAUUGAGGCCUCUCGAAGGAUUUCUCAACAACAAAUAACAUACCCGUGCUCGCCUCGGUCUCUAUAAACAUCCACCUGCCAAACUGAGAAAGUGAAGAACUUUCAGAAGUUUCGGAAAACAGAAGGACGAGUUUGAACUUUGCUUGAGGUUUGACGGUCGAUUAAUAUUUAGAGGACUAUCUAAAAUGUGCUUCAAAUCAGCUGAGACAAGCUUAGAUGGUCCAGUAUCAGAAAUUCUGCAUUUUAAAGACAAAGACCUGAUCUCCAACCUUUUACUGGAGCUGAACACCUUGAGAAAGGACAGAAUUCUCACUGAUGUUGUUCUGUGCUCUGAGAACAAGGAGAUCCCAUGUCAUCGCAAUGUCCUGGUGUCCAGCAGCCCCUACUUCCAUGCCAUGUUCUGCAGCAACUUCCUAGAGACCCAGAAGUCCAGGAUAAACCUUGAAGGAGUUCCUCAUGAAAUCCUCGCAAUGAUCGUGGAGUAUGUCUACACAGGGUCCAUCAGCAUCAGCAUGGAGCUGGUUCUCCCCCUGAUUCAGACCGCCUCGAUGCUUCAGUACGGAAGGCUUUUUGAGGCCUGUUCGACCUUCCUGCAGGCCCAACUCAGUGCAGACAACUGCUUGAGCAUGAUCCGCCUCUCCGAAAUCCUGCAUUGCUCCAGCUUGCAUGAAAAAGCGAGAGAGCUGGCCAUUAAGAGCUUCUCAGAUGUGGUGGUCUCUGAGGACUUCUGCGAACUCUCACUGCCAGAACUGGUGAGUUACUUGGAGGACGAUAAGCUGUGCGUUGAGGAGGAGCAAGUUUUUGAGACUCUUCUUGCUUGGAUCCACCAUGAUCCGUUCUCCAGACAUGGCACCAUACACGAUUUGUUCCGUCGCGUGAGACUGAGACACGUCCACCCUUAUUAUCUUUUCCAGUUCAUUGCCAAUGACCCUCUAGUUCAGUCAUCAUCUUUAUGCACAGAUAUUAUCGAAUCCGUUCGUCGCCUUUUGUUUUCUGUCGGCACUCAUUGUCCUGGUGAUCUUGAGCCUCUGUGGAGGACGCCACGACGUCAGAACUGUAAAGAGGGGCUUGUAGUAGUUGGAGGUCGUAAGAAUGGUGAACAGACAUCCCGUGAGGCGCUACUCUAUGAUGAACAAUCUCACUGUUGGAAAUGGCUUGCAAAGAUUCCUCUUCGGCUCUACAGGCCUGCUUAUGUCUGCAUGCACAGCAUCCUUUACGUACUAGGAGGCUUAACAAUGAAAUCAGGAAGCCAAUGCACACCCAGCAACACAGUCUACACGCUUUCUCUAAAAACAAAUCAGUGGCGAAUGGGAGAAUCCAUGCUGACGUCCCGAUACGGCCAUCAGAGCGCCACCUACCUGCAUUUUAUUUUUGUUCUGGGUGGAUUGGGGGCUGAUGGACAGCUGUCUAAUGAGGUAGAGCGAUACGACACUAUGUUCAACCAAUGGGAGGCCAUGGCACCAAUGCCCACUGCAGUUCUGCAUCCUGCUGUAGCCGCACACAACCAGAGAAUCUACGUGUUUGGUGGGGAAGACGCUAUGCAGAAACCAGUGCGAAUGAUUCAGGUGUAUCACAUUGGAAGGAAUAUGUGGUGCAGGAUAGAAAACAGGACAGUGAAGAAUGUUUGUGCACCGGCUGCAGUGAUUGAUGAUAAAAUCUACAUUGUAGGCGGCUAUACAAGAAGAAUGGUAGCUUAUGAUGUAAAAAGCAACACAUUUGAGAAAUGUGAAAAUAUGAAGGCCAGGAAGAUGCAUCACUCUGCGACGGUUGUGAACGGCAAGAUCUACGUGACUGGAGGCCGUUUCUUCAACAGCCACGAGCGUGUAGAAGACUCAGACAGCUUUGACUGCUUCGACCCUAAGACAGACGCAUGGACGUCAAUGGGGAAAUUGCCAUUCAAGCUAUUUGACCACGGCUCAGUACCUCUGGUCUAUCUCUCUGAUAAGUUUUUGCCGACAUGAUUGCAUUUGUGUCAAGUGUUGGUUAGUGACUUAAAGGGCACCUAUGAUGAAAAUCAUCUCUUAUAAGCUGUUUGGACAGACCUGUGUAGGUAUAGUGUGUUCACAGACAUAUUGGGGUGAUUAAAAGACAAUAAGUCUC